CAGCCGAUCAGCUCCAUCGGCUCCAUCGGCUCCAUCGGCUCCAUCAGCUUCAUCAACCCAGCGCUUGCGUCGCUCCCGCCACCGUAAUCCCUGAUAUCGCCACGCCCAGCCGCUGCCACUCACACCAGCUGCUCUUCUCCGUACCGCCGCUCGCCAUGGCUUCUGCAAACGACAAGAUCCCAGAAAUGACGUCGUGGAUCUCGCGACGAAUGGACUCGGAGGAGCCCCUCAAGGUCUCCGAGCUGGUCGGAUUUCUUCCGCUCGCGGCCAUCCUCACGCUCCUGUUUAUCUCUGUGGCUGCCGUCUUCAAUCUGAUCUACCGCCUGUUGUUCGCUCGUCGGGUCACUGCUGUGGGCAGCAAGACGACCAGCAACGAAAAAUCGUUGGCCGAUCUCGAGGAGCUCCAGAGGAAGCUCGAGGCUCUCGAGACCCUGCUGAACAGCCCUUCCCGCCAGACUGCCGGACAGGAUCUGAGCGUGGGCCACCGCCUGGAGAUUCUAUUCACCAAAGUCGGCCUGCUCGAGGGUGCCCACACCCAGGCCAUAAUCGACCAGGGCCGUCUGGACCGGCUCGAGUCCUCCAUCAGCAACAUCUCGCGUGAUCGCCAUCCGGACUUGUCGGCCAGCUCGAGCCCGCAUGGAGGCCCGCCGCCCCCUCCUCCUCCGCCGCCGCCGCUGCAGAAAAUCGAGCCUGUUGUUAUCGUGCCCACAACCAAGAAGCCCAAGAUCGAGCCCGAGGGUCCUGUGACGCUCGGCGCGAGCAUGAGUGAUGUGCUCCUGGAGAUGUCCAAGAAGCAGCGCAAGAUUGUCCAGAUGAUCAGCUCGCCUCGCUCCAAGUACCUCGAGAGCCGUGUGAACACCACGAAGAUUCCGCAACGCGAGUCCGCGCUCCGGAUACCCAUUCGAUCGGACAGCGAUGACGAAACCUCACAGGACGUUGCUGACAAGAAGCCCAAGUCGCCAUCGGAGCGACACGGCGUCAAGCGACGCAGUUCCUCUACGACCCGCGAACCGGAAGUGCGAGAAGUCGCUGCUGGAAAGCCUGUCCCGGAUCUUCGCAAGUUCGUAACACCUCGAGUUGAGAAAGGGAGGGGGAGGCCGUGACACUGGAUGGUCGAGUCUCUCGGGACAUGACGUCGUGCUCUCGGACGACAGAAUUGGCUGUGUUGGUUUCCGGAAUCUGUUGCCAAAGAACCUCCAGCACAACGGCAGGGAUAGACCUCUGCAUCCACGCG